AUGGCGUCCCGAUCCCCCACUGCCGCCAUCACUCCCCUGCCAAAACUGUCCUCCGCGCCCGAAACUCCUGCCGCCAGAGAUUCGACAGCCACCACCACGACACCGCAAGCUGUGCCUUUUCCAUCUCCGCAGACCUUCGAUAUCAUCCCAUCGUUACAUGGGCUUCUCCUUCGGUUGCUUUCUCCCUCGAACAAUGCCACGGGUCCAGGAGCUGCCGGGGAUGCCACGGGUGCCGGGGGUCCUUCAGAUGCUCAGUCUCAGCAGCAGCAGCAACAGCAGCAGGCAGUGACUGGAGGCGGAAACAGCCAACAUCCUGCUGUAGGACCUGCCUCCAUGGCCGCUGAAAUCGCCGCCCUUAGUUCCAACGCACCUCCUCCGCUUGACAUCAAAGACCUACCCACGGAAGCCAGCUCCAUCAAGAUCCGGAUCCAAAAAGCACAAGCAGUGGUAGAGGGACUCCCAGAUGUGCAACGCUCUGUUGAAGAACAAGAUCAGGAGAUUGAGGAGCUCGAGGACCGUAUUGCCAAACUGCAAUCGGUCAUCUCUGACUUUGGGAGAAGAGCCAGCCAGACGAGCUCCCAGCAAUCCAAGAUGCACCAGACUUGA